UCCAAACAUGUCUCACAAGUUGCUUCACAGAUAAAAAAUCUGAACAUGUCUCGCAAGUUGCUUCACUAGAUGAAAAAUCCAAACAUGUCUCACAAACUGCUUCACUCGAUGAAAACUCUGACCAUGUCUCAAAACUUGCUUUACUUGAUGAAAACUCUGACCAUGUCUCUCAGGUAGAUUUACAUGAACAUGAAGAAAAAGACAGCAGUGAUGAAGCGAGCAUAAAACAUAACAAACCAAAGGAAAGUCACAAACAUGGCAAAGAUGAUUGUCUAAUUGCCAUAAAGAGAGUCGAUUCAAGAGCUGUCGUGGUGCCAAAUGUAGUGAGGAAAUCAUUGCUUUUGACAGAAAAUUUUAGUCAACAGAAACAACCUGAUUUGCCUAUAGGAUGUUCCCUUGCAGAAUUCUGUGGGAAAAGGUCAAUUAUAGGAGAUGAGACUGGUAGUUCACCCAAGUUUGCAAAAAUUAUGCACAAGGCAGAGAAGUCUCCUGGUAUGCAGACCUCAUUAAGUUCCAUGCAAACAAAUAAGAAGGAUAUAUUGCUGGGUACCAAUAGGAUUUGUGUUAUUAGAAAACAAAAUGGUAAAGAAAUAUCAAGGGAAAAUUUGGAUGAUUCUGAACUUGUGUCACUUCGAAGAGAAAGGAAAGUGAAUGGUGAAGAUUGUGUACAAGUGUACAGAAAACCAUACAACAGUGAAAGAGCCCUCAUUGCUCAAGAACACAUAUUUCACCAAGGAAACAAACCUGGAGGUAAUGAUUACAUGGACAAAGCAAAAGCUGAUAAUAGUAAAUUGAAAAAAUAUGUAACCAACCAAUUAACAAGAUCAAAUGUACAUUUACCUGAAAAAAAAAUAUACAUAUCAAAAGUAGGGAAACUACAAACAAAUAGAAAGAUGAAUGUUGGCAGAGUUGAUGGCAUUAAAGAAACGGGAAUCAAAAAUGUAGCUGCUCAUGAAAAGAUAAAGAAUUUAUCACCAGUUUUUUUUCGCAAUGUGAAGCUUCCAUCAUUACAAUCUAAAAGUGACCUAAUGAAUUAUGAUAAUGCCAGUACUUUUUUUAAAUGUAUUCCUUGUAAUAAGUCUUUCAAGUCUUUGACCUCAUUCCAAAACCAUAGGAUCUAUCAUGUAAGUAAGGUACAGCAGUCCUGUGGUACAGAUAAAAAUAUUGCAGAUGUCAGUAUGCAACAGCAAGCUGAUGAUGUAAAAAUUACUGUAUUAGACACAGGUAAAGCUAUGCCACCAUCUUUGAAUAAGACUCAGCCUACAAAAUUAAAGAUACAUGUUGUCACGCAGGCUGGGAAAAAAUCCAUUGCUUGUUCCAAAUGUGGACAGAAGGUUCAGUUACAGCAUGAACUUCAGGAUUAUGUUGGAUCUCCCCAAGAACAUUCAGAUGCUGGGGAGAUGGUCUACAUCUCAAGAUUCUCCAGACCUGUUGUUUCAAGUGGGAAGGAAAAAUUCCAAUGUUCUUGCAACCAGAAUUUGGUUACAGUUGUGAGUGAAAAUAACAGUGAUAAUAAAGGCAAUGAUUGCACUACAGACAACCUUGUUGAUGUGAAGAAAGAAAUGACAGAUGAUGACGUAUUAUUUAGGGAAGAGCUGGAAAGACCAGAUGUGUCAACUAGAAAAUCAGAAUCGCAGGGAUCUAGUUUUGGUAAUUCUGAUAAAAAGAAAAGAGUACUUGAAAGUUCUGUUAGUAGUGCAUCAGGUGUCUCAGGCUUCGAGGCUCGGGUGAAGAAAGAACCAUCAGAGGAUGGCUUUUCAUUCAACGAAGAGGAGAUUCAGGUGAAGAAAGAACUAUCAGAUGAUGAAAUUUUACUCAGAAAAGAGAUGGAGAGCUAUGAACUUGCUGGAUUUCACAUUUCAGAUUUGAGAGUAAAGAAUCCAGAGGCCUUUGCUAAUAUAAAGUAUGAGCUAAAUGAGGAGGAGGAUGUUGAUAUUGUAAUCAAGGAAGAACAGGAUGAUUCUGAUUCAGGAUAGUAAUUGGUACAAUUUUUAAAAACCUAUUGGUAAGCUUGUGUUAGCUGUUUUAGGGUCUGGUCAGAUAUUGUAUUUUAUUUCUGGAAAACGAUUCUUAAAGAUUUUCAGUCGAUAUGCUUUAAUUUGCAUAUUUUUUUUAUUUAGAAGUAUAUGUUUCAUUAUGGUUUAAUGUAGGAAGUGCUUUUAAGAGAUGGAUUAUGAAAUUUCUUUGUACAUUUCAUUCUAAGAAUAUUCUUAUCAGUCAUUUUUAGAUGUAUAGAUUUUUUAUUGACACAUUUUAUUGUAGAAAUUAUAUCAUUCCAUCAUUGUUUGUAACUUUGUUAUGUAUUAAAUGAGAGCCAACA